UCAUCACUCCCCUUGAUUUCGUGUCGACAGGAGUGGAUAAAUGACACAAAUUGGUCGAUUAAAAAAAUCGCUUGAUCCUCAGCAUUUCAGUAUCGAUUAACUUUAAAUUCGGUAGGUACAGCGAUAAUCCUCAAGCUGUAGAUGAUCCAUCUAGCAUCGAGUCAGAAUCCUAUAUAGGCAGUUGUCUAUACGGCAGAAGUAAGAACUGUAGCUUCCUAAAGCAGGCUGUUUCUUAGCCGUGUUGGUUGGCGAGGAGGAUAGGGGCAAAGAAAUAUUUCCAUAUCAUACAAGUAAUUUGUUAAGACACUGGGGGGAAAAAGAAGGACCAUUCGGUCGACAGCUUGGUUUUCUUGUGGGGGUUUCCAGGGGAACGUUUCAUACACGUAUUCAGCAAGCAAGAGUCAUUCUAUCUGGACUAACAGGAGUGCGAGUUAAAGCUAUUUUUCAGAUCUACCGUGGCUUCCCUGCUUCAACCUACCCAAGUCGGCCAGUGAGUGAGUGAGCGAGCACGGCGGCACCCCCCGACUCGGAGCAAAACUCCCCCCUUCGAAAAAAACAAAAAAAACCCGAACCAAGGAAAGAAAAACAAAAAACAAAUAAAUCGAAAAAAAAAAGAGAGAGAAAGAGGCAGAGAGAGAGAGAGAGAGAGAUAUUGCAGCUCUGACGGCCAGCGAAGGAACAUGGCGUGCUGUCUUAGCGAGGAGGCAAAGGAGCAAAAAAGAAUCAACCAGGAAAUAGAGAGGCAACUCCGCAGGGAUAAACGAGAUGCUCGUAGGGAACUCAAGCUUCUCUUACUCGGGACUGGUGAGUCUGGAAAGAGUACAUUUAUCAAGCAGAUGAGAAUUAUCCAUGGUGCUGGGUACUCUGAAGAAGACAGAAAAGGCUUUGAGAAAAUUGUUUACCAAAAUAUAUUUUCAGCCAUACAGACUCUUAUAGCUGCAAUGGAAACGUUGUCUUUAGAAUAUAAGACUUCUGGCAAUAAUGAAAAUGCUGAAUUCAUAAAUUCAAUAGAUGCCGAUUCAGCUGAUACUUUUGAUCAGUCACAUGUUGAUGCAAUAAAGUCUCUCUGGACAGAUGAAGGAAUGCAGGAGUGUUAUGAUAGACGAAGAGAAUACCAACUUACAGAUUCAGCUAAAUAUUACCUAGAUGAUAUUGAUCGUAUCCAUGAACCUGGGUAUAUCCCAACAUUACAAGAUAUUCUUCGAGUGCGAGUACCGACAACUGGUAUUAUAGAAUAUCCUUUUGAUUUGGAUAGUAUAAUUUUUAGAAUGGUUGAUGUUGGUGGGCAGCGAUCAGAGAGACGAAAGUGGAUUCAUUGCUUUGAAAAUGUUACGUCCAUCAUGUUUUUAGUAGCCUUAAGUGAAUAUGAUCAGGUCCUGGUGGAAUCAGAUAAUGAGAACCGAAUGGAAGAAUCAAAAGCUUUGUUCCGGACAAUUAUUACUUAUCCAUGGUUUCAAAACUCCUCGGUUAUUCUCUUUUUAAAUAAGAAAGAUUUGUUAGAGGAAAAAAUCAUGACAUCUCAUCUUGCUGAUUAUUUUCCUGACUAUGAUGGGCCCAAGUGUGAUUAUAAUGCUGCCCGAGAGUACAUGAUGAAUUGUUACAUGGACCUCAAUGAAGAUAAGGAAAAAAUGCUUUAUUACCAUUAUACUUGUGCAACAGAUACUGAAAACAUCAGAUUCGUCUUUGCAGCUGUAAAGGAUACUAUCUUGCAAUUAAAUUUGAAGGAGUACAAUUUGGUCUGAUUGGCAGAUGUAUGGGAGCGCUUCUUGCGCCAACAGGCUGACGAUGGCCGGCCAUCAUGCCUACUGCUACUCCCCUUCAGCAGCGGCUUUUUGUAAAAGUGUCCUUGUCAUUGAUAAUGACCGAACGCAUUCGAAAACUAAAAUCAAAGGUCGUUGUUGUUGUAAACAACAAUUUAUAUGCCAAACUUUAAUUCCCCUGCCUCGCAUUAACACUGAGGAUAAAAA